AUGAAUUUUUGGAAGACGCUGUCCGACCUGGGACAACAGCCAGCCCCUCACUGGCUCCCUCAGUCCAUCCACCCUUCAGAGGUGUCCCCGCAGUCGGCUGUGGCUGUGGUGGCGUCCCUUUCUCGUUUCUGCUCGAAUUAUGCCAACUGUCCUGCUGCGCCACCUUUGUCUGUCCUCGCAUCCGCUGAUAGGAUUUCGGGUCGCUUCCACUUUGUGGCUUUUUUGAAGAAUGCCGCUAGGAACAUUCACACGCAGGUUUUUGGUGUGGAUCUAAGCUGCCCGGAAAUACGACUUGAUGAUCUGCGAUCCGGGGAAGCCGCGCCAGGGCUCUGCGAAGCUGCCGGCGAGGGAGGCGCCGGUGCGGGGGCUGCGGCUCAUCUCCGGGGGGGACCUGCCUUUCUCCAUGGGACCCGGGUCUUAGGAAACAGAGCAGAUGAAACGCACAGUGUGAAGGACAAGGAUUCUGCUGAGAGAAUUGCUCCAAGGGUUGCUCCAAGGAUUCUGCUGAGAGAAUUGCUCCAAGGGUUGAUCAUGGGAAAUAAUGCAUCAUACCAUUCUUUAGAUGCAGCUGAGGUGCACCUUCUCCUCGCCUGUGCCCAUCCACCUGAGAUGAACCAUAACCGUAAACGUCAGAAGGCACUGGCCCUUCAGAACAUGACAGGGUUAAAAGAUGCUGGAGGGAAAGAGUCCGUCGUUGACUUUUAUUCACUUCCUUUCUCCAGUCUGCCCUUUGGAGGAAGGGAAAUUUGUACUGAGAAACACAGAGGGAAAUGCUAUAUGAAGAUGGAGGCAGAGAUUGGAGCAAUUUGGAGCAAUGUGUAUGUCUGCAAGCCAAGGAACACCAAGUAUUGCCAGCCAUCAUCAGCGCUGGAGGAGGGGCCUGGAACAGAUUCCCACUGGAGCCCCCAAAAGGAUCCAACCCUGCUGACACUUUGACUUUGGACUUGUGGCCUUCAGAACUAUGGAGUUUCGCUCUUGUUGCCCAGGCUGGAGUGCCAUGGCGAGAUCUAGGCUCACUGCAACUGCUGCCUCCCAAGUUCAACCAAUUCUCCUGCCUCAGCCUCCCAAGUAGCUGGGAUUACAGGCAUGCACCACCA